GUCGGACACGUCAGGAGGUCAGGGUGGAUGACUCGGAAGCAGUCGUGUCGCAUUCCCGGCAGAGGAGUUGACUAUGGACCCGUACCCUCGAUCCUCGAUAGAAGAUGACUUCAACUAUGGCACCAGCGUGUCGACGGCCAGCGUUGACAUCCGCAUGGGAUUUCUGCGCAAGGUCUACAGCAUCUUAUCCGUGCAAAUUAUUCUAACUACGGUGAUGUCUGCUGUUUUCCUGCAUAGCAACACCGUCAAGGAAUUUGUGCACGCCAGUCCCUCAUUGGUGUUGAUAACGGCUUUUGGAUCUCUGGGUCUCAUAAUUGCUCUGGCAAUCUACAGGCAUCAACAUCCUGUUAAUUUGUAUCUUCUGUUUGGGUUUACCCUCUUUGAGGCUUCUACAGUGGCUACCAUUGUUACUUUCUAUGACUAUUUGGUAGUUCUGCAAGCAUUUGCUUUAACUACUGCUGUAUUCAUUGCAUUGACUGUCUACACAUUUCAGUCAAAGAGAGAUUUCAGUAAAUAUGCAGCAAGCCUAUUUGCAUGUCUGUGGAUUUUGCUCCUGGCUGGAUUGCUUAGACUUUUCUUCUGGAGCAAUACAAUGGAACUGGUUUUUGCAUCAGCAGGAGCUCUGCUCUUCUGUGGCUUCAUCAUCUAUGAUACACAUGUACUGAUGCACAAGCUUUCACCUGAAGAAUAUGUAUUGGCUUCAAUUAACUUGUACUUGGAUGUCAUUAAUCUCUUCUUGCACAUUCUCCGAAUCCUGCAAUCAGUUAAUAAAAAGUAACAACUAAUGAUAAUUACAGAGAAAAAUCUAGCUUUGUCUUCUAAGUGUAAGCUGUACAAAUGCACUUUGUCUAAAUUUCCUGUUUAAUUUUAUUAACUAGUUUUGGUUGUAUUUAUGUUCACUAUGAUGUGGAUUAUCAGUUUGUACAUUCUUUUUAUUGAGGGCAAAUCAGAGGUACUUUGGAGAAAAGCAUUAAAGUAGAAUUAGUAUAAAUUGAAAAUGUAUUCCAAUCCAGUCUUAAAAUCAACAUCUUGUUGGCCUUGCUUGGUUUGAAUUUAAAGCUUUAAAACUUUUUUUAAGUUUCACUGCAUGGAAAAAUUUUGUUGAGCUGGGACAAACCAGUUUAGAUUUGGCAUUAUUUCAAUUGAAGAUUGUUCCUAUUAUUUUAUAUCUCUUUAUUUAAUUAUUUGAAUGCCCAUGGAUGGAAAUCCUAUACUUGUAAAGGCUCUGUCUUUUCAGUUGGAGACAUCACUCCUUAAAUAAAAUUUGAGAAACUUACCCUUUCUAUUUAAGUAUUAAUUUUUGAAAGUAGUAAUACUUUGUGAUCUUAAUUUGCGGAAACCAAUUAUGGAAAUAAAAAUAAUGCACACAAAAUACUGGAAUCUGGAUGUUUCGGGCCAAUCCAUAAAUGAUGCCUGAGUUCCUCCAGCAUUUUGUGUGGAUUACUCUAGGUCUCUGGUAUCUGCAGAAUCUCUUAUGUUUAUGGAAAUAAAAAUACUUUUUAUUUGAA